AUGCGGGCAACAGGGCCGGCUCUUAUCCCAGCAGGGACCAGCCUGGAUCCAGUGGCUCAGGUGACGAAUUGCGUUCUGAGGUCCUGUUCGUGUUGGACUUUGACUCCUCGCCGUAAGUAUCUGUGUUAUUCGAGGCUUCGAGCUCCGGAGAAGCCUCUUUCAGCGUGUCGCAGCAUUUUGACCAUGCGACGUGACUCACGGUCACUGACCUCUUGCCGUGAUUUCAGAUAUUCAUUGAACGCCAUUACAUAUGGUCACACGGACGAUUAAUGAGCAGAAAGUAGAUAUAGAUAGUGGAAAUCCUGAUUGAUUUCGGAAGAAAAUAGCCUGCAAGGUUCGAGGAUGACAGACCAUGUUGUAGACUUUCUAUUGUUUUAUCCCAUGGGGACUAAGGAUGCUCUAGUGGAUCUGAAGAAAUCUAGUAAUUAAAACAAGAUCUUAGUCCCAUAUCAUAAUCGCAAACUUCUCUAAUGUCAAAAAUAU